CGGUCCGGCCAUGGAUGUGGCACGGGAGUGCGUGGGCUCGCUGGUGCGAUCUUUGGUAUCCAUGGGAACAUCUGUGGGAGCAGUAACAAAACAGACCCUGUUCCCUCCUCUCAUGCCUGCAGGGCGACCCUUCCGUGUGUCCAAUGCCUCCCGAAGCAGUCGGAAAGGAAUCGUUGCAAGCAGUCUGCAAGAGCUCAUCAGCAAGACUUUAGAUGCCUUCCUUAUAUCUGCUGGAAUAGUUACUCUGGUUUUGGAGGAAGAUGGCACAGUUGUGGACACGGAAGAGUUCUUCAAGUCCCUAGAUGAUAACACACACUUCAUGGUUCUAGAAAAAGGACAAAAAUGGACACAAACAAGAAAUGGAGUCGCUGCUAUGAGACAAAAGAAGAAAAUGGGAGUAGCUAACAUCACAUUUGAUCUGUACAAGCUGAACCCUAAGGAUUUUAUUGGCUGCUUAAACAUCAAGGCAACCUUCUAUGAGAUCUACUCUGUCUCAUACGACAUAAAAUGUAUGGGAGCAAAAAGUGUAUUGCGGAAGGUGCUUCAGCUAAUGUCCCAUGUGGCACAAAUAACUGGACAGUUUCUUCUCUAUACUGGAACGUAUAUGUUGCAGUUGAUGGGUGAAUAUGAUGAAGAUGGCACGUGUACAAGAUCAAGGCAGGAGUAGCGAACACAGCUGCGCUUCUGAUAUCAGAUCCAUUUGCUUAAAGACAUUCUCUUGCCCAAUUUUGAUUGUAAUGAUGUUAUAGUAAGGGGAUGUCCACUGAUGUGAACUAACACUUUUCCCAUCUGGGAAUGCUUGUAGGCCUUAGUCAGAAAAUACACGUUUGGUGUUCACAUGCUCUUAAUGCAGCAAAAGAUGAGUGCCUCAUGUCUGAGAAUUUGGCAAAAGGAAAGAGGGCAGGUUUUUGCCCCACCAACUCAAAAUAAAUAAUAAGUAUAUUUGGAAACUUGCAUGCUUUGU